CUCCUAUAAAAAGAUUUGUUUUUUAGGAGCAAAUUUUGAUUUUUAUAGCGAGAAACUAGGGAGGAGAAGGAGGAGGAGGGAUCCGGAAUCUCCGCGGGGUAUGCCACCGGUGGGGGUGGGGGAGGUGGCGGCGAGAGGAGGAGGAGGAGGAGGGAUGGUGCUUGGCGGCGGCGCGGCGGCGGCCGCGGUGGGGGGAGCUGAGGACGCGGUGGUGAUGCAGCUGGCCGCCGGCGAGGGGCAGGACACCGUCAUCACCAUCAACUGCCCCGACCAGGCGGGCCUCGGCUGCGACCUCUGCCGCACCAUCCUCGAGUUCGGCCUACGCAUCACGCGCGGCGCAGAUGUGUCUACGGACGGGCAAUGGUGCUUCGUCGUGUUCUGGGUCGUGCCCCGCUCAUCUUCAAUCAAGGUCCGGUGGGCGAGCCUCAAGAACCGGCUCAUGUCAAUGUGCCCGUCAUCUUACCCAAUGUCUUUCUACCCUGAGAUCACCCAGCCAGGCCCCUCCCAGUUCUACCUCCUCAAGCUUUUCUCAUCGGAUCGGAAGGGGCUAUUGCAUGAUGUUACACAUAUAUUGUCGGAGCUAGAGCUUAUAAUCCAGAGAGUGAAGGUGUCAACCACUCCAGACGGCAGAGUUAUUGAUCUCUUCUUUGUCACUGAUGGCAUGGAAUUAUUGCACACAAAGGAAAGGCAAGAGGAGACUUGUUCAAUGCUGAUUGCUACCUUAGGUCCUUCCAUAAGCUGUGAAAUCCUAUUAGCAGAAGGGUUCCAGCAAGGAUUCUCCUCUCUCCCACCGACAAUCUCUGAGGAACUGUUCAGGAUGGAACUGGCUGACGGAGACAACUGUUCAAGGUCUCUUAGUGCAGAGAUGAAGAGGGUGCAGAAAGCCACCAUCAACUUUGACAAUUUCCUGAGCCCUGCACACACACUGCUCCAAAUUAACUGUGCUGAUCAGAAGGGUCUCCUUUAUGACAUUUUGAGAACAAUGAAGGACUGCAGCAUUCAGGUAACAUAUGGCCGGUUCUGGUCAGACAAGAAAGGUUUUCGAGAGGUGGAUCUUUUUAUCAAGCAAGCAGAUGGAAAGAAGGUUAUUGAUCCUGAGAAACAGGAUGGUCUCAGCUCACGCCUGAGGUCAGAAAUGCUCCAUCCUCUCAGGGUGAUGAUUGUCAACCGUGGUCCCGACGUAGAACUCCUUGUUGCCAACCCUGUUGAGCUAUCUGGGAAGGGACGGCCACGUGUAUUCUAUGAUGCUACAUUUGCUCUGAAAGCGCUUGGGAUCUGCAUUUUCUCUGCUGAAAUCGGGAGGCAGACAGCAUCGGAGCGUCAAUGGGAGGUCUACAGAUUCCUCCUGGAUGAUAGCAAUGAGUUCCCGUUGGCAAACAGCCUGGUCAAUAGGAACCGUGUUGUUGAUAGGGUAAGGAAAACACUGCUGGGCUGUUUCAACUGAGGCUUGGUUUCUAUCUCCAUCAAUCCAAAGCUCAAAGACGACUGAUACCGUCAGUAUCCAAACUGUCCUGGUUAAUUACCAGUCGAAAGCUCAGAGUAGGACUAUUUCAGGUUUGUCAGUGUCGGUGAUAAACUUGUUGGCCAAGCUGGCUGGUAUCACUGCCUGCAAUUGCAGCUUCUGUUCAUGUCAUCAUGUCAUUGAAGGAUGAUACGGGUUUUUGACCAACUCAUCGUGUUCAGUUGUGAUGGAAGAGUCAUCUCUAUCUAGGUCGUCUGUGUGUCAUCUUCAGAAAUAGCUGUCAAUAUAUUUAUAGCAUAGGAGCAGAUGACAUACCCAGUUCCAGAGUUCCACACUCUGGACACUGUUGUAAAUUGUUUCUGACAGUAAAAAAAAUGAGAAUCAGUGCAUCGCCAUCUCCCAAUUCCCAUCCAUUUUGGCGUUGCUCACAUGCUGCUAUGAAGAGAGAAGGGAAGGGUGGAAAAGUGCAUGUUUGGUGGGAGGAGCAAAUCGGAGCUUCAAUUAUUGUGCUUUAUUUUGGGUAGAGGAUUACUGGAUGCUGACACAGAUACAUGAGCUUGUUGUAAAGUAGUGCAAGAUGUGCCUCACCUGCCUCUGCUUUCCUGCCUCCUUCCUACCUUCCUUCCUGUGUGAUUGCCAUUUCUUGAGUGGGUAUAUUAAGCUUGUUCCCUGAUGUGGGGUUUGUACUUUCUUGUAAGCAUUCAUGGUAGCAUCAUGGUUAGCUUAGAACCCUACUUUGUUAAUGCAAAAGCAUGUGUACCAGGUUGUAAAUAUACUCGAUGGAAUUCUCUAGUGGCCACUAUGUGUCCGUGUA